AUGGUUGCCGUUAAACAUUUUCGGCGCCGGCCCAGCCAGGAUUCCUCGUCUUACAGCCGCCGCGUUCAACGAGAGUUUGACAUGGCCAAGAAACUACAGCACCCAAAUGUGAUUGAGACGUUUGAACUUGUGGGUACUGGCAGUGGUGACGACCACCAAGGAAGUCAGUCCGGCACCACCGACAACAGUCUACUCAGCCAGGUCAUGGAGUACUGCGAUGCUGGGGAUCUACACCGGCUGAUUCGCUCUCGCGCGCCCGCCGUGCUAGAGAUUGCAGAAGCCGAUUGUCUGUUCGUGCAGCUCAUGGCUGGAGUCAAGUAUCUGCACGAGACGGCUGGAAUCGCGCACUGCGACAUCAAGCCCGAGAACCUGCUGCUCACGCGGGAUGGGCGUCUCAAGAUUGCCGACUUUGGCUGCAGCCAGCGGUGCCGGGCUGAAGCAGAUGGUGCUGUCCUUCCUGUCUCGGCCGCUGGUGGAUCCGAACGGUAUCGGACACCAGAGCAGCAUGUCGGAGGCGAGCUCAACGGCCCAGCGAUCGACGUGUGGGCGUGCGGCGUGACGUACAUGGUGAUGAGGCUGGGGCGGCGGCUCUGGCCAGCAGCCAAGGCGGACGACGAGUACUAUCUCAUGUAUCUUCAGGGGCGUCGCGAGGCAGCUGGAUAUCUACCCAUUGAGGUUCUCAAACCGGUAAAAUGUCGUAACAUCGUGUAUUGUAUGCUGGAUCCUGUCGCAAAACGACGCAUCAAAGCAUCGCAGCUGUUGAGGACGGAGUGGGCGAGGACGAUUCAGGUCUGUGGUGUGGGUGACACAAAGGUUCACUAA